CUUGUGCGGGAAUAAACCUCCAGGCAACUGCCGGUGAGCAUCCUAGUUAUUCUCCUAUCUGUUAAUGCCCGUCUCAUCAGUUCGAACCAAGCCAGCCAUUUCAUUUCCCGAAAUACAAGUCUAAGUGGCCUUUCAUUUCACAACAGCGAAAGAACAUCAACACUGCAAGAUGGGUUCACACAUGGACUGGUCGCAGCGGCCGAUAUACUCUCCCGACCAAGUGGAGAGAUACUACGACCGCAUCGGUUUGCCCCGCAAAUACCGUCGGUCGUCUAUCCCAACGGAUGAAGAGGCCGCCUUGGGCUUUUUGCGUGUCUUGCUGUGUUAUCAAGUUGCAGCCGUUCCGUUCGAGAAUUUGAACCUCCAUUAUUCAGUCCAUCGGGAUAUCUCAGUAGACCCAUUCAAGAUCUUCGAGAAGGUCGUGGACUCCAAGGCCGCGCGUGGGGGCUACUGCAUGGAGAACAGCAGCCUGUUUGGAACAGUUCUGCGGAGCCUGGGUUAUCAGGUCUAUCCAGUCGGAGGGAGAGUCAACGAGGCGGCGCAGCCCAUGUCAGCCUCCAAGAACUGGAAGGGUCCUAAGUUCGACGGCUGGAACCACCUGGUCAACAUUGUGACCAUCGGCACCCAGGAAUAUCUGGUUGACGUCGGAUUUGGCUCCAAUGGACCGCAUCAGCCCGUGCCCCUGACAGAGGGGUACCAGUUCCACAACGUGGGCGAUCAACGCGGCCGACUCGUCCAUGGGCCCAUCGCCCAAUACACGCGAGCCGGCCAAUCGAUCUGGCAGUACGAGUUCAGCAACGGCGAAGCCCCCUGGAUUCCGGCUUACUGUUUCACCGAGGAGGAGUUUCUCCCCGAGGAUUUUGCGAUGAUCAAUUACUACAUGAGUACUCAUCGCGCGAGCUGGUUCACCUUUCAUGUGGUGUGUGUGCGGAUGAUUCUCGACGAGGCAGGGGAACGCCUCGUCGGCGAUCUGACAUUGUUCAACGACAAGCUUAAGCGGCGUAUCGGGGCCACCUCGGAGCUGGUGGCCUCGUUCACGUCGGAGGAGGAACGGGUGGCCGCGCUCGAGACGUACUUCCAGAUCCCUCUGACAGCGGCCGACCGGGAGAGCAUCCGGCACACGAUUACCGAAAUCUUAUAGCAUGGGGCGUGGAGAUAGAUAAGGAAGAAACCCAAUAAAAGGCGGG